AUCAUGCUCACAACAGCGCCAGCCCAUCAUCUCUGUGGAAACUGAUUGACAGACUGCAUCAAUACCAUUCAAAGGCAUGGAUUCCCUCAUGGCCGGCGGUGAAAAGUUAACAUUUACCGAAGUUGACCUCUCUGGUGAUUAUGAUGGGGAUUAUAAUGAGACCUACAGUGACAUGUGCUGUUCUACUGCUGGUGUGUGCAGCAUGGAGGGCAUGCGUUUUGACGCUGUGUUCCUCCCCAUAUUCUACUCCCUGACACUGGUUCUUGGGCUGCUGGGCAAUGGGCUGGUACUUUUGGUUCUGGUACAGAGGAGACGGAGCUGGAGCGUGACAGACACCUUCAUCCUGCACCUGGGCAUGGCCGACACUCUGCUGCUGCUUACGCUGCCCCUCUGGGCUGUUCAGGCCGCUGGGGAAUGGAGCUUCGGGACCCCCCUCUGCAAGAUCACUGGAGCCAUGUUCACAAUCAACUUUUACUGUGGCAUCUUCCUGCUGGCCUGCAUCAGUCUGGACCGCUACCUGUCCGUGGUCCACGCGGUCCAGAUGUACUCUCGCAGGAAGCCCUGGAUGGUGCAGGCCAGCUGCAUGUCUGUGUGGCUCCUCUCACUCCUCCGCUCCAUCCCCGACUGGCACUUCCUGUAGUCUGUGAGGGACGCCAGACGAGACAAAGUGGAGUGUGUCCACAACUACCCGUCCCUCUCCCAGUCUGGGUUUGACUGGCGCCUGGCCUCCCGCCUGCUCUACCACACGGUGGGCUUCCUCCUCCCAUCUGCAGUGCUACUCUUCUGCUACUCCUGCAUCCUGCUGCAGCUGCAACGCGGCUCCCAGAGCCUCCAGAAGCAGAGGGCCGUCCGGGUCAUCCUGGCCCUGGUGCUGGUCUUCUUCCUCUGCUGGACGCCCUACAACAUCACCCUCAUGGUGGAC